GAUUUCCUUUCCAGCCCGGCCUUAUCUCGGCCCGCACGUUGCCGCGCGGUGACUAAUAGCAGAAUAACAUUGUCUCGGGAUAAAAUAGCGCCGGGGCUGUUUACCCGCUCCAUGGGGGUUCGCUAUAAAAGGGCGCCGGGGACCGCCGCGCCAGCCAGACGCGCCGGGGCGCACCGAGCCGCUGCCUGCCCCCGCGCCGCGCCCCGCCGGGGACGGGACUCGGCUCUGCAUCCCCGCGCUGGGACACGCUUUCCCCCCUUUUUUCUCUUUUAUUAAUUUUUUUUUUUUUUAAUUUUUCCCCUUUUCCCCCACUUUUCCCGUCCGCUCUCCGCCGCCUGCUAUGGAUUAUUCCCAGAUGAUCGUCUCGCUGCUCUUCGUGCUCUGCCCGGGGCUGCUGCCGGCAGCCCCCGGAGCCGAGGCGGACGCCGCGCCGCCGCCCCGACCCCCCGCCGCCGCCGGCGGGCACCGCCGCGCCCGGCGCUGCUCCUGCUCCUCGCUGCUGGACGAGGAGUGCGUCUACUUCUGCCACCUCGACAUCAUCUGGAUCAACACCCCCGAGAAGACUGUUCCGUAUGGUCUUGGAGGUCCUUCUCGAUCCAGAAGAUCGCUGAAGGACACGGUGCCGGAGAUGCUCGCUGAACCUAGCAGCAGAUGCCGAUGUGCCAACCAGAAGGACAAGAAAUGUCUGAACUUCUGCCAGACAGGAAAAGAUCUCUGGGCUCAGUCCACAGUGGAGAAAACCUCGCGUCACCGCAACAAAGCUGACAAUUGCGUUGGACCCAAAUGCGUGAACCGACCACGUGUUGACAGCAAGAAAAUGAAGCGGCUGGAAGCCAUUGGUAACAGUAUCAAAGCCUCCUUCAGUAUCGCAAAGCUGAAGGCUGAGCUCCAGAAAGGGUGGAAGCUGAAACACAACAGGGCGAACAAAAGGCAAAGCAUCUGGGAAAGCCUGAAAGCAUCCUAGUGGGAAGAUCACCUGAAGCUUUCUCCAUCACACUUGCUGAAAAAGCAUCACCAAAACUCUCUCGACUUCUAACAUUCCGCGACGGCGAAGGGCCUCUCUGUCCAAGUGUUUGCGCAGCAGAGCAAAACACUAAGGAAGUCCUGUAUUUGGAGGUAUAAAAGCAAAGGAUUUCAUCAUUUUGGAAUUCAGGUGGAUGGGUAGAGGGGGUGAAGGGGAAUCUGCAGUAACAUACAUGAAAAGCCAUCUUUCUGAAGAAAUGUUUGAAUAUUGCUUCUGGAACGUUACCCAUCAAUUGGGCAGCUUUCAGGGCCUGCAUCAAAAGCAUCUUGCAAGAAAGACCGCACAGAUGUGCUUAGGAAGGACAGAAAGCAAGAUCUGAGUGAACAAACUUCAAAGCAAAAAACUCGACCUUUUGAUUAAAAUGCAAAAAUGAAAGCCACAGUGCUACUUUAAUCAGAACUUACUGCAUAUAUACAUGUCUACCUCGCGUACUGUUUGUUGCACUCCUGCUAGAGUAUUUUUACACCUUGUUAUUGCCUUUGCUAAUCAGCUGCAACCCUUUGCCUUUUUUCAGAAGUCUAGUUUACUUGUACAACCAGAGUUAUCUGAGUGUGGGUUAGACACUGUGGUUGUUUGCAUAGUCAAAGUCCUUUGGUUUUUGGAUACCAAAGGACUCUUCAACAUAAAAUAAAAGUUAGACGACACUACUAGGUGUCCCAUAACAAGGAUAUUUGGCUAACUGAAGUUCUAAUAAUAGAGAUUGUUGUGUCUUACAUGUCACCAAAAAUGCACUGAAGUGGGGAUGUACCAGAGGCUGUUGUGAGAUUUAUUCAGUGCCUUGUUUGGUCGAAAUGCAUUGAGACAAAGGGUUGUUUUGAAUUUUGUCAAAAGGCUAAUAUUGGGUGAACGUUUAUAGCAGUGAAUUUGUUCACAUUGUUGAAUUUGCUGACAGUUGAAUCUUAUGUGCUUUUUUUUUUUUUUGUGUUCUGUAUUUAUAUUCACACAAGUUCUUCAUUAUAUUUACCAUGUUGAAUACACAUUGAAGUAGGCCAUAUUGGUCUAUGCAUGUUUUAUGUAUUUCUGUAUGAAAUUGGGAAAUGCUUUAUGCCUAUCAAGGUAAAUAUCUUCAGAAAUAAAUAUUUUUAAUUACUGUA